CCUCCUAACAUAUUUUGUGAAAUGUGAUUGAAUUUAUUUUUAUUUCUGUUUCUUCCAUUAACUAUUUUUACUUGUUUUGUGAUGUUUAUUAUCCAUCAGUAGCAUCAGUGUUUGAGAGCGAGUUUAGCAUGUAGAAGUAGCCUUUGCUACAUAACAGGUGAUUUUCAGAGUUCCAAAAGAUGGAAGACCAGCCGUCAUCAAAUCCUGUAGGACUCUAUCCUCAAGUCUUGAAGUUAGCUGUCUUUUUAUCCUUGACAUUUUUUUUGACAGCAAGUACAAUUCUAAAUCCUUACAUUUUAAAUCCUUACAUUUUAAUUUCAAAAGUUAUAUUUAAGUAUACAUCUGGAGUAUUUUAAAGCAAACCCCUGGCAUAAAUGCUCAAGUAUAUACCGUAUCGCUCAUAUCCAGGAGAGGUGAUCACAUCCACAAAAGCAUGAUGUCUGCCCCUUAUUAGUUAAGACUGUAUCCAUUUUCUCCAUCAUAUUGUUUUGGUUUUUUGCAAAUUAUUAAGAAAUACGUAGGGAGAUACUUCUAGACUAGCAUCUUGGGACUGUUUUUACUCAGUUGAUCAUUGAUAUCUUAACAAACAUGGAAAUAAGAUUAGAAAUUUUGACAUCAACAAGUAUCAAGCAGAAAAAACCCUGGCCACGAGUCUCCUGGUUGGGACAGGAAAAUGAAGCUGUUUUUCUUUUGGAUGAUAAAUUCAUAAAUGAAAUUAAUUUGCUAUCAGGAAGGACUAAGAAGAAAAUUCCUAGUCUGAAGCCUUUGUUGAAGGAUGUUAUUGUGCUAACAACAUCCAGUAAUGAUGCCUGGCUAGGUGGGGUACUCACUACCGGGGAGCUUUUCCUUUGGAACAAAGACCAAGAUUGUUUGAAAACUAUACAAGUAACUGAAAAGCCUAAGGAAAUGAUUGAAGCUGCAGUAGCAAAUUCUUUGAGACUGAACUUGUAUGUUUCUGGAAAUGGGAAAAGAAUUCUGCUUGUAACACCUCCUGGAUGCAUAUUUCUUUGGGAAUACUUGGAAUUAAAGAAUAUUUUAUCUUCUAAAAGCCUUUCAUUGGUGGGUCAGUGGUCCCAGGUCAUACCUGAAAAAACAGUUCUUUUGCCUUCCACUGAAGAUAAAGAAGCUGUAGUGAAUGCUGUUUUUAUAAAAAAUGAGUUAUUUGGAGACUGCUGCUUGUGUUCAUUUACUUUUUAUUCUGGGGAAUGCCUAAAGUUAACAUUUCUAGCAAUUCGGUGGCAUGAGAAUAUAUUUACACCUAUAAGAGCAUUGCCAUACCAUGUUCAUUGGGCACAACAAGAAUGCCUUCUGGAUAGUCUCAUUCCUAAAUGUGAAUCAGUAAAGUCAAGAGGAGCUCUAAUUGCUGCCUUUUCAAGAGAUGGCCUUACCCUGGCAGUAACUCUUAAUCAGAAAGAUCCCAAGGCAACUCAGGUAUUAUUUAUAAACACACUGAAUUUUGUUACUCUCUGUGGUAGCCUUAAAGGAUGUAGUAAUAAGAAUCCUGUGGUUCCAGCUACUCUUAUCAGGUCCUACUGGGUAGGUGAUAUCAGCUGGACACAUGAUAGUCUUUUUUUGGCUUGUGUGUUAAAACGCGGUUCCUUGGUUUUAUUGACUUGCCAAGGUGAAUUGCUAACAUUAAUUACAUCUGGUUGCUCAAUAGAAUUUGGGCCAGCAGAAUUUAUUCCUCUUCAUCCACUAAUAACAUAUCGACCACAGCAGUUUAUGUUUCAAGAUUCAAAUAAUUCUAUAGAUUCAUCAGCUUCUGAUAGUGACCCUAUGAGACAGAGAUUUUCUAUAAAAGCACACUCACGGUUACCCUACCUCAUUAUUUCUGAUGGAUACAUGAUCACAACCCUUCGGUUUCUUGAUAAACUGUCUCCGUCAGUACUUAUGAGAUCACUUCUACUUGAUUCAACCCAGAGGCUUGAGAAAACAUACCGAAGUGUAAUACUGUCUAAGCCAAAAAGCAAAGAGCUGAACUUGCAAUCACUGAAUUCCCUGAGGUCUAGCCUGUUAAAAUACCAAGGACAUGAAAGUUCAGUUGAUUCCAUGAUCCCUCAAUUCUUACAGACAGAAGAAACAAUGACGUUAAAUGAAAAAACAGCAGAUUUUCAGGAUUUUGAAGCAGAAGAAACUAAGGAAGGCAGAUACUUUCAGAACAAUUUAUUUCCUUUUUGGAACCAAAAAAAUGAUCUGCUGUUUAGUAGUGUCAAGGAAGGAAGAUUGGAAUUUGCAUCUAUGUUUGAUACUAUACAUGCAAAGGAUGAUACUGAGGAGACAGACGGAACCAUUACAGAGCUGCACUCUAUCCAGAGAAAUCUACUUGCAGCAUGGACUAUAGGAAUUUCAAAAAAUGUGAUUGAGAAAAAUUUAAUGUUAAAUUACACGGUAGUUUGUAUCACUCAUUUUUUCUACAUUCUUCAGUUUAUAAAAUGUCCUUUCCCCAAACUUGAUCUUUUUUUAAGCAAGAGCUCAAGACAGAAUGCAUGGAUACUUUGUAUCUUUCAACUUUUUCAUCAAUGUUUAUCAAUCCAGUAUUGGGAUAUAAGAUAUAAACAAGAUGUUGGACAUUUGAUAAAGCUGACCUUAAAUACUAUGAAGCUUUUGCUGACUCAGCAACAAAAGGGUCAGUUGUUCUCAGAGAAACUCUUAGCCUGUUUUUAUUUACUCAAAAUGGUAGCUGACAAUUUAAAUGGUAUAUACCGUCUUCAACCUGAAGUUGUUUCAGCUUCAUCUGAUGGAGGAAGAACAGCCGAUAAAGAUUCAUUGGUGGUACCUAUUUUUCAAAUGUUUCAAGACAGUGGCUCUCAGGAAAACUGGUCUCAGAACUCAUCUUUUGAGAUUCAUCCUCAAGUAAUAAAUCUUGUGCAACAACCAGGACACAGAUUGAUUGUUCUCUGGAGAGUAUUAUACAAGAAAACUUUAUGGUAUCGAGCACAAUUAAGCCAAAGACUUUCUGAAGGUGACAGAGAGUUAACUGAAAAGAUGACACAGGAAGCAUCUACUGUCAAGUCCCUGUUAUGUCAUAUACAAGCUAACUUACAGACUGCUGGAGAUUGCUUGAGCCAAACCUUAGAACUUAAGCCUAUCAGUGGUGAAGAAUGCUUCCUAUUGGGAUCAUACGAAAAGGCUGUGGAGUUGUGGAAAAAAGCUCUUCAAGAAAUCCAAGAGAAGGGAGGAAGAAGGACAUGUAUUCUUCAGAUACGCUAUUAUCUUUCUCUCUUAUACUGCUACCUCUAUAGCUAUAAUUUAAAUGAUGCUCAAGGAUUAUGUGAUCAACUGGUAAGAGAAAUACUGAGCUGGUCCCAACUACCAGUAAAAGAAAAUGAAGAUUAUUCAGUUCUAGAGAAGUCUCACUGUGCAUGUGGGGUGACUGGAAAUGCUCACCCUGAGGCUGCAGUGAGAGUUGUCCAGUCCAUGGCUCGGUUCAUGGCUGCCUAUUUCACCAAUCAGCAGCUUUGCAUUUUGCCACCUCACAAUGUGAAUGUUCUUCCUCCACUUCAUAUUAAAACAGAGCAGUCCCUUCGACUUAUUCCUCUGCAACAUUCUAAGGUGGCCAGUGUUGUUAGAGAUCAGAAUCUCUCUAAUGUGUGGACAGUUGAAUAUGCACUUGAAUUAUUAUUUGUUGGUGGCCUGGUUCCAGAGGCUGUGUGGUUGGCACAUAAACUUGGAGACUGGAAGACAUCUGUUUCAAUUGGUGUGGCCUUCCAACUGUUCUGUAAACAUGAUAGCAAUUUUAUGAGGUCCAAGAAAAAGGGUCUGUAUCUACCAUUAAAUAUAACUCCAGCACAUAUUUUUCAGGAAAAACUGCAGUGUUUUUUAGGUCAGCCAGCCUCUUUGGAAGCAAAAAAUGAAAUGGGCACUAAAUAUAAACAAUUUACAGAUCCCAUUGAAGAAGAAGAUGCAAAUCUGCUAUUUGGUUCAGUGCAAGAAGUACUGAAAGCAUCAGUUAUGGCUGAUGCGGAUAUUCUUUCAGAGACAUUUCAGCUUCUGAUAGACUCUGCCAAGGACUUCAGUAAGAGACUGUGGGGCUUAGUGCCAGUCGGCUUGUAUCUUCCAGCUCCUCCAUUGUUUUGUCCCCAGCCAGCUAUUCUUAGUGAAGAAGAUGGUGAUGAUCUUCUUUUAAAAGCUGAAAAAGAUAAUCGCCAAAAGGUGUCUGGAAUCCUACAGCGUAUUCUCUUGCUUUUCCGGGCAGCUCGAUGUUCUUUUCCUGUAGCACAGUGGUAUAUCUUGCAGUUGAGGUGGGCAAGAAAAGUCAUGCAGAAGAUUCGAAUGAAAGGGUCCCUUCCUUCAUUGAGUCCUUUCCCUCAGUCAUUACUUAAUUAUUGUAAAGGAGGUGUAGCAUUCUUUAUCCCUGGAGCAACUGGAGACCACAAGCUUGAUGAAGUUUCCAUCAGAGUAAUAGGUUGCUUCAGAGAACUUUGUGCUUUGUGUUGGAUGCUGCAUAUCCGUGAUAAGUUAUCCUAUAGUUGCAGACAAUAUCAGAAAGCAAGAGAAAAUACAAAGGGAGAAAAGGACCUCGAAGUGGAGUUUGAUUCUUGUGUGGUUGAACACUGUCUCAGUACGGUGGAAUGGGCUUAUAGAAUGCUGCCUUUCUCUCGGUUUUUUAAUGUUGAAGAUCUUAUUCAGGAUAUAAUUUUGAGUCUUAUUGGAGAACUGCCACCAAUCAGACAGGUAGCAGAAAUUUUCGUGAAAGCAUUUCCUAAUCCUAAGGAUGUAAGAGUUCCUUUAAGAGAAAAGUAUCAUUCUCUUCAACAGAGACUCAGACAGUGUGUUGUAAAAGGUCCCCAGACUGAGGAAAUGAUGUCUGCUAUCAUGCAUUCUAUCCAUAAAGUGAGGGCAAAAGCCCUAAAACGUGUGCGGAGAAAUAUAGGUUCUUUUGAGAUGAAUAUAUGGGAACCAAUUGAAGAAGAAAAACCAGAUGAGGCUCCAGGUUUUGACAGGUUUUCCCUGGGGACUAGUUUGAGCAGAAGCACACUCACAGAACUGGGGAAUUCCGUGGUUCACAGUGAUGCAGAUACGGCCGAUACAUUCUCUGAAGUUUUGUUGGUUGAAGAAACAAGUAGGACACAUUUCUAUCAAAGAAAUGCCCUAAAUCAUACGGAAUUAACAGUGAUUGGUAAGCACAGUGAGAAAAAGGAAAUAUGUAAUCAGAAAGAAAACCCUAAAAGGAAAGAAGAUCAUGAAAAGUUACCACAAAAUACUCUUCCUGUAAUAGGUGUUUGGGAAUUUGAACGUGAUGAUGAUGAAUAUAUUAAAUUCCUUGAUCUCUUCUUGAGUUACGUUCUUGAAAGAGAUCUACAUAGUUCUAGGGAUCUUGGCAUUCCAUUUCUAAUCAGCUUUUCUGAGCAGCUUAGAGAACAUGAGCUUAAUUCUUUACUUUUUGAUGUACAUACAACAUUAAAACGACGUCAAGGCAAAACUAAAAGCCAAAAUGUGUUUAGAGCUGGCUCUUGUUUUGUUGCUGCUACUGAGUCAUAUGAAUCUGAAAAAUCAUCCUUCUUAAAUGAAGGUUAUGCCAUAAAUAUAGAAAACCAGGCACUUUCAGCUUCAGUAAUGUUUAACCAAGGGAUCACACCAUUUUUAGAGAACCCUUUGAAUGAAGUCCAUAAAAAUGGAGGAAAGAGUGGGUUGUUCGGUUUGAAACAAAAGUCAAUUUACAGAAUACAAGAUGACAAUCGAGAGAAACCUCUAAUCCAGAGAUCUUCAAACAUUUUUUGGACUCCCAAGUCCACUAAAACUAGAAGAUAUAUUUUCAGAGCAAUUCAGUGCGAUGAUAUUAACCCUCAAGAAGAUCUUCCUGUAGCACUAGAUAACACAUUUAGCAAUGUAGGAAGACUGCUGGAAUGGAUGAUAAGAUGGUCUGAUAGAAGACUGCUCUGUGAUUCUGGUAUAACUGAGUCAUCCUGUGAGUACAGUCCAGUAAUUCGUGUAAAGACCUCUACAGCUGCCAUUCUUACAUCAUUAUGGCUUUUGGAACAACCUUAUUUUGCUUCGUAUAAGGCAAAAAAUGGCAUUAUUAAGGUAGUAGAGAAUCAUUACACUGGGUCUCAGAUUGUUCCCAGUAUUGAGAAGGAGCACAAAACAGAUGCUGGCUGUUCAGUUGCAGUAGCAACUCAAGGUGGAACUGAGGAAAGAAAUGAUCAAAGUAAAUCUUGUCAAGGUAUCUUGAAUAGAAUGCCAACAGAAGCAAAAAAUCCUGAAGUAAGAGAAAUCAAUGAUGAGAUUAUUUCCAUCACUCAUAAUACUGAAAAAGAAUUUAUAGAUACCAAUGAAGAUCUUUUAGAAGUAGAAACAUUUACACAGGAGGAAAUGGAUAUGCACAUAUCAGACUAUGAAGAAGAUACCAAAGAACCUGUUGGAGGUCUCAAAAGUACUAAUAUUGCCAUUUGUACGCUGACUUUACCACAACAGUUAGAACAUUCCACAGAAGAGGUUCAGUGUCCAAAGGAAGAAACACUGAAGACAAAUAUGGAGAAAAAAUUGACUGAACAGAAAAGUGUGAUCGAAGCUGUUUCCAAUCCUGAACAUACCAUUCCUCAUUCAUUUUGUGUAGACACAAGUUCAGAAAUUUCUAGUGCACAGAUUUCUACAUUUAAAGACAAAUCUUCAGUUCCACCUCUGGUAUCAAGUGGAGUCAAUGUUGCUUCACAAACACCUGUUCCAACACCUCAGAAGACCCAGGGAAAUGAACACAGGGCUCAAUUACCAGAUUCUUCAGAUUCUGUUAGGCAAAUGGUCCAAGAUGAAAUGUUUAAAUUAGUUCAGCUACAACAGAUCAACUUCAUGAGCCUAAUGCAAAUAGUAGGAUCAUCCUUUGCUAAUAUACCAGAUAUACAUCAACUUCUACAGCAGUCUCAGUCUGUGCAUUUAGGGGGAAGCCAAGUCUCAAACCCCACAGGAGGAGGGUGUGGUGAUGUUGAAGAUAGCAGCAGAAAUCUUAAGGAGCGAUUUUUCAUUAAACCACAGUCCAUGGGAAAAUAUACCAAAGAGCCUGGAAAGAACAACCCCCACUACCAUGAAGGAAUUAUCCAAUCUGAUCAAACUAGUAAUGGAAAUGUACAGAAUGUUCCACGUGAGUGUAUUACUUUAUGUCAAUUAGAUGGCCAACCUAAAAUGAGAGGACUAACUCCAACAUCUCAAAACUCACCUCCCACUUCGUUUUCUCCGGCUCCCAGCAAUACUCACCUCCACCUUUUGUCUACACCUUCUGUUGUUCAAAAGACACCUAAACUUAUCCCACCUGCAAAAACUUUUAGUCCUAGUGAUGGUUUUCCUUUGCUUCAAUUUAAGCCUAACCAUGAAUUCAAGCCCCUUUACUUACAUACAGGAAGAGUUCCACAAAUUCCCUUUAGGCCUCUGCCACAACCAAGAGAGGCUUGGGGAUUAUCUGAUUCCUGUCAACCUGCUUUGCCACAGAAAGUAAUGCAUACUACUUCAAUAUCUCAUUUGAAUUUAAGCCAGUGUAAUACUGAAGUCAUAAAAAAAGCAGUUGAGCAGAAGAAAUGGGAAGAAAGUAUAAUUACAGAAAUUCCUAAGCAUGUGAACUUGGAUCAGUAUGUUGGACAAGAAAACUGGAAAACUCAACAGGACUCUUCAAUAUUUGUAAAACCAGAAAAAAUAUUUGAUAUUAAGCCAGGCCCCUUGGAGGUAUCUCCUCAAAGUUCCUUUGGACUUCCAUUAUUACACUUGCAACUUAAACCUCCUUACAUAUUUUCAUCAACCUCAAGGGCAUCUGUUACAGUUCCCUCAGUGCCUAUCAGAACUGUAGCAGAAGAAAGAAGAUACCCAAGACUAUCAUUACUUCAUUCAUGUCUGUCCCCAGAAAAUAUGGUAAUGAACUUUUGCAAGUACAAAGAACUGCAACUUAUCCCACUUGAAAACCUCAUUGCAUUUAAACAAAGACAACAGAAACUAACACCUAAUCUAUUUGAACAAGGUGAUUCUGGACACCUUCAACUACUAAAGGUCAAAAUAGAGGCAUCUGAAGUAAGACAAGGAAAGGACAGUAAAAAAAGGCAGAGGAGAAGAGCAGAGAAAGAGUUGCAAGAAAAAAGAUCUGAAAAACUGAAGAGAAAACCAAGUGUGACUUUUCGACCAGAGGAUUCCAUCAUUAAUAAUGACGAUUCAAAAAUCAUUAAGAAACCGAAGGAACAACAAGAACAUUGUGGUUCCCAGCCUUUGGUUGACUUUGACAUUCCUUUUGAAAUGCUACAAGAUGACCUUAAUACUUCAGCUGGAUUGCAUUUCAUGGCCUCUAUAAAAAAGAAAGCUAUAGGAAGUCAGGAUGCGAGUACAAAUACAGACCCAGUACAAGAUAAGGAAGCUACUUCUCAAGAAGUUGUUUCUGAAAGUGGGAAAAAUCAACAAAUCAUUUCUUGCACAGCAGGUGUGAUUUCUUUCUUUUUUGCCUGAAAACAGUAUGACUUAUUAAAGAUGAUAUCUGCAUGAUGCCAAAGCGGGAGUCACCAUCCUCCCAUAGAAAAGCAGUUAAAACAAUCAUUUGAUUCAAUAGAGAUAGAACAAUGAUUUUAAGUAUUUUCAUUUUUCUUUUUUCUAGUUUUUUGAUUAACCUAUAGUUUAAAUUCAGGACUUGGUAGCAACCUUUCAGUACUCAGUAUGACAGUGAGUUAUAUUUUACAUAUGAAAUUUGGGAAUAAUGUUUUAUAAAAAUAAAAUAUUAGAAAAUAAGAAUAGAGUCCUAGGACUAAAGGUACAUAGUUAAACUGUCUGCUUACCUACUGUGACAGGCCUGUUUAUUUUAUUAUUUAAUAAGAAGCAAACAACUUUUGUGAUAUUUACAUGUUAUUAAUAAAACAUUUUAGGUGGUAAAAUUUAGCUUUGGGCUCUGGGAGUAUACUGUAAGCCAUUGGAUGGUACCCUUUGAAAAGUGUGAAUUUAUCUCACUAAAGCUGUUAAUAAAAAUAAAUAGUAAGAAACUAUUGAAAGUUAAAAAAAUUAAUUAGAGGUUAAUUCCCUAAAAUCUGACUUGAUUGAAAUUCUCCUAAAUAAAGUAGACAAACAUGACUUAACAUAUCUAAAAUGGAAAUAGGAGAUUAUAGCAUUUUCUUGACAUACAGAUACUUUAAUGUUGUGAAUCAUUUAUAUGAGAAAAGCUAUAGUCAGCCUUCAU